AUGUUAGAACAAUCCAUAUCUGUACAGGAUGAUCGAGAUUCGGCUCGCGAGGAUAUGAAGCAGGAUAACGCUACCGAAUCAAUAUCGAAAGUAAAGAAAAGAGACGUGAUCAAAUCGGUAUUUACACUUGGACCCAUAGUGACUACAUCAAAUCAAUCUGAUCAUUCCCAUUCGGUAGAAGAACAAACUCAACUUCAAAGACAAUAUGAGUAUCUACAAAAUGGGAAUCCGGAAGAAUGGGAAAAGAAAUUGAAAGCAAUUAUAUUGAUCCAAAGUUAUUUUAGAGGUUGGAAAGAUAGAAAAUUGGUUAAUGGGAUGAAAUUAAAUCGAGAUGCAAGAUGGGACGAUUUAGUCAAACGUACAGGCGAAAUAACUUAUGCUAAUGAACAAUUAGAUAACAAGAAUGAUGUGAGAUCAAGAUGGCAUAGAGCAGUACAAGCUGCUGCACGAUUAGAAAAAGGUGAAGGAGUAUUCAAUCCACCCAAGAGCCUAAUAGAAGAAAUUCCAGUAUCUGAAUUAUCUGAGAAAGACAGAAAAGCUCGUAAGGCCACUUUUUGGGGUGCGUUAAGCAUGGGUAUCGGAAAAGGAAAUAGCGCUGGUCAAGGGAAAGAAAAUGGAAAAGAAAGGGACGAAUCGCAAGUAUUACCUUUUCAAAGUAAAGCUUUGGAACAACAGCAUUGGCUUGAAAUGAUAGAUGGGAAACACCGAUAUGGCAGUAAUAUGAAAUACUACUUCCGGAAAUGGAAAGAAGCUGAAACGCAAGACAACUUCUUCAGAUGGCUCGAUCGGGGCGACGGUAAAGAUCUUGAUCUGGAAGAGAUGCCUAGAGAGCGAUUUGAAAGGGAGCGAAUAACAUACCUAUCGGCAGAACAAAGAUUGAAUUAUCUGAUCAAAGUAGACAAAAACGGAUUAUUACGAUGGGCACGUAAUAAUGAAUUGGUAGAUACAGCAGCUGGUAAAUGGAAAGAUGCAGGAAACGGAAAUGGUAUAAUAUCAGAUGACACUAACAAUUCUAUUGAUUCCGACGAGGAUAAUCAUAAUGAGAUAAGUGGAAGACAUGCGUACGCAUCCACGUCGAAAACACCUUGGAACGGUAAACAUCGACAUAAACCAGUAUCUCCAAAUGCAAGUUCAACAGACAGUCUUUCUUCAGAUAGUUAUUCAGCCGGAUCAGAUUUAGAUGAUAACGAAGAUACUCAUUAUGUUGGGAUAGAUAAAUCCGAUAAAGGUUGGUUGGAAAGUAGAAAGAAUAAAUUGACUCCUGGAGGUAUGAGAAAGGAGCUCUUGAGAAAGACUGUUAGACGUAACACAUGGAUAUACGUUUGUGAUAUGAAAUUAAACCUUUUCGUAGGUAUAAAGCAGAGUGGCACAUUCCAGCAUUCUUCUCUACUAGCGGGAGGCAAAGUGACUUCAGCAGGUAUAAUAGUAGUCAAACAUGGUUUGAUCAAAUCGCUCAAUCCCCUAAGUGGGCAUUAUCGCUCUUCAAUCGAGCAUUACAGGGCGUUCAUUGGCCAGCUGGAAGGUAGAGGUGUGGAUCUGAGUCAUAUCAAAAUUGCCAAGAGUGUUUUGUCAUUAUGGGGAUUAUCGAAAUACGCCCAAGUUACCAAACGUGAACAAUCAAUCUUAACACAUAUUCGACGAGCUCUUCAUCUUUCACACGAAGCUACCGAAGAAGAGAAAUCAGCCGCUCUCCAAGAAAACGCAGAAAAAGAGGAAAAGGAACAUCAAGAAAGGAUGAAAGCGGUUCAUGAAGCUGAAGAACAAAGUGGUAUACAAGAUAAAGGUGAUGAGAGCGAUAAAGAGGAAAUCAGAAGGAUCAGGAGAGAAGUUUUAUACGGGAAAGAGAAACAGAGGGAAGACGAACAACGUAAACAUGAUACCGAAGAUGAAGUUCCCCCAAUAUAG